AUGAGUGCUACAAGUGCUGAUGCUGACGUAGCUGUUCCUAAAGAUGACGAUGAUGACAGCAGUGCGUCUAAUACUGCUGCUGGUGUCACUGUUGCUGCUGAUGACGAUAAUGACAUCAGUGCUGCUACUGCUGCUGCUGGUGUCGUUGAUGCAAUUGUAUACGAUAACGACAGCAGUGCAACUAGUGAUGCUGCUAGUGUCGCUGUUGCUGAUGCUAACGAAAACGACAGCAGUUCUACAAGGGCUGCUGAUGGUGUCGCUUUUGCUGAAGAUGACGAUAAUUACAAAAGUGCUACCAGUGCUGCUGCUGAUGACGAUGUUGCUGAUGAUGACGAUCAUGACAGAAGUGCUGCUAUUGCUUGUGUCGCUGUUGCUGAUGAUGACGAUAAUGACAGCAGUGCUACUAAUGCUGCUUCUGGUGUCGCUGUUGCUGAUGCUGACGAUAAUGACAGCAGUGCCACUAAUGCUGCUGCUGAUGUCAAUGUUACUGAUGAUGACGAAAUUGACGGCAGUGCUACUAGUGCUGCUGCUGGUGUCGCAAUUGUUGAUGAUGACGAUACUGACAGCAGUGCUACUAGUUCUGCUGCUGGUGUCGAUGUUGCUGUUUAUGACGACGGCAGUGCAACCGGAAAUGUCGAGGCGGCUGCUGCUCCUCCAGGAGAGUGCUCGUGUCAUUCGCCAAAGAGCCAGUGA